AUGGCCAGCGGCAGGCCUCCCGGGUCGCAUCCAUCCGCUGGCCGCGAUGAUGACCUGCUGCAACUGGAGGACUCCGGUCCCAUGUACAGCUCCGGCCAGGGCCCGCCAGUGAACGAUGAACACCUCUUGCAACAGUACAACAUUGACGACUCCGAUCAACCGUACGCCCAACGCCCCUCCGUAUCUUACGAUAACUUUGUUGGAAACCGUCCACAGCAUGCCGGAGCUUAUCCGCCUCGAGGCGACAGCGCGGCACACCCUCCCGCCCAACCUGCCAUGCACAUCAACGACCCUUACUCUGGGGCAUCAAUGGACCGGACGUACUCCCAGACAUCAGGCCUAGGAAACUACCAGCGGUACUCGGAUGAGUUUAGCACGCGCUCGGGCUACUAUGAUCUCGACGCAGAUGAGGACCGGAUCGCGGGCUCGCACCGCGUGCGCCAGGCAAAUGAGCGCAACAGUAUCUUGGGUCUUGGCGGUGGGCUCAUGGGCAAAGCAAAACACAUGUUGGGCAUGGGGCCGCAGCAGUACUCGGAGAUGGACCUCCCAUUGACAGAAGCGGGAGCUGCUAGACAGCCAACGGUCGACAGCGCUGCUGAGACAACAAGUGAACGAAGGAAAUUCCGCGCGUCCGACUUUAAAUUCGGCUUUGGACGACGGAAGGUCGAUCCAUCGACUCUGGGGCCUCGAAUCAUUACCUUGAAUAACCCUCCCGCUAACGCCGUACACAAAUUCGUGAGCAACUACGUGUCAACUUCCAAGUACAACGUCGUCACUUUUAUCCCGAAGUUCCUCUUCGAACAAUUCUCAAAAUACGCCAACCUGUUCUUCCUUUUCACGGCUAUCCUGCAGCAGAUUCCCAAUGUCUCGCCAACGAACAAAUUCACGACCAUUGUCCCGCUGGGUAUUGUCUUGUUGGUCUCGGCCAUCAAAGAGUUGGUGGAGGAUUAUAAGCGGCGGGUGUCCGAUCGAGGACUCAAUUAUUCCAAGACUCAAGUCCUGAAGGGUUCCGCGUUUCAUGACACCAAAUGGGUGGAUGUCGCGGUAGGAGAUGUGGUCCGAGUCGAGUCCGAACAGCCUUUUCCGGCCGAUUUGGUGUUGCUCGCAUCAUCUGAGCCCGAAGGCUUGUGCUAUAUCGAAACGGCGAAUUUGGACGGCGAGACAAACCUGAAAAUCAAACAGGCGAUCCCGGAAACCGCACAUCUGGUUAAUCCCACUGACCUGAGUCGCUUGAGCGGGCGUGUUCGGUCGGAGCAGCCCAACAGCAGCCUAUACACCUACGAAGCGACUUUGACCAUGCAUGCCGGUGGUGGUGAGAAGGAAUUGCCCUUGGCACCCGACCAGCUUCUGCUUCGUGGGGCGACUCUGCGCAAUACUCCGUGGAUCCAUGGCAUCGUCGUCUUUACCGGGCAUGAGACGAAACUCAUGCGCAAUGCGACGGCAACACCGAUCAAGCGAACCGCCGUGGAGCGGAUGGUCAACGUCCAGAUUUUGAUGCUUGUUGCCAUUCUCAUCGCCCUUAGUGUCAUCAGUUCCGUGGGUGAUCUCAUCGUCCGUCGAACGAAAGCGAACAAACUUUGGUAUCUAGACUACGGAUCAAGCAACGUGGUAAAGCAGUUCUUCAUGGACAUCUUCACCUACUGGGUUCUUUACUCCAAUUUGGUUCCGAUCUCUCUUUUCGUGACGAUCGAAAUCGUCAAGUACUUCCACGCGUUCUUGAUUAACUCUGAUUUGGACAUCUACUAUGACAAGACGGACACACCCGCCACUUGUCGCACCUCAUCUUUGGUUGAGGAGCUUGGUCAGAUUGAAUACAUCUUCUCCGACAAGACAGGCACCCUGACGUGCAAUAUGAUGGAGUUCAAGCAAUGUACAAUCGCUGGUGUCCAAUACGGAGAUGACGUAUCGGAAGAUCGCCGAGCUACUGCGGACGAUGGCGCAGAGGUUGGUGUCUUCGACUUCAAGACACUUCGAUCAAAUCUGCACUCGCACCCGUCCCAGAAUGCCAUCCAACAAUUCCUCACUCUUUUGGCUACUUGCCACACUGUCAUUCCCGAGCGCUCCACAAGCGACCCAAAUGAGAUCAAGUACCAGGCGGCUUCCCCAGAUGAAGGUGCAUUGGUAGAUGGUGCCGCUUUGUUGGGCUAUCGCUUCACGAACCGGAAGCCUAGAUCGGUUAUCUUCGCAGCCAACGGCCAGGAGCAAGAGUACGAAUUGCUUGCUGUGUGCGAGUUUAACUCCACCCGGAAGCGAAUGUCUACCAUCUUUCGUUGCCCAGACGGAAAGGUUCGCAUUUACUGCAAGGGGGCCGACACGGUCAUCAUGGAGCGACUGCAUCCUGAUAAUCCCACCGUGGAAGCGACGCUUCAGCAUCUGGAAGAGUAUGCAUCGGAAGGUCUCCGGACGCUAUGUUUGGCCAUGCGCGAGAUCUCCGAGGCUGAGUUCCAGCAGUGGUGGCAGAUCUUUGACAAGGCUGCCACUACCGUGAGUGGCAACCGUGCCGACGAACUCGACAAGGCAGCAGAACUCAUUGAGAAGGAUUUCUAUCUUCUUGGCGCCACCGCUAUCGAAGAUCGCCUUCAGGAUGGAGUCCCUGACACAAUUCAUACCCUCCAGACGGCCGGUAUCAAGGUUUGGGUCCUGACUGGUGACCGCCAGGAAACGGCCAUCAACAUUGGCAUGUCGUGCAAACUCAUCUCAGAAGACAUGACUCUCCUUAUUAUCAAUGAGGACAGUGCGGAGGAUACGCGGUCCAAUUUGGUGAAAAAGCUCGAGGCCGUUAAGAGCCAGGCGUUAUCCGGUGAUCUGGAAACGUUGGCCUUGGUUAUUGAUGGAAAGUCUUUGACAUUUGCGCUGGAGAAGGACAUGGAGAAGUUGUUCUUGGAUUUGGCGGUGCAGUGCAAGGCCGUGGUGUGCUGUCGUGUUUCCCCCCUCCAAAAAGCGUUGGUUGUCAAACUUGUGAAGCGGCAUCUAAAGUCUCUGCUCUUGGCCAUUGGUGACGGUGCCAACGAUGUGUCUAUGAUCCAGGCAGCGCAUGUUGGUGUUGGCAUUAGCGGUGUUGAGGGUCUUCAAGCUGCACGAUCAGCAGAUGUGGCCAUUGCACAAUUCCGAUUCUUGCGCAAACUCCUCCUGGUGCACGGAGCAUGGAGCUAUUCUCGCAUCAGUCGAGUGAUUCUGUACUCGUUCUACAAGAACAUCGCACUAUACAUGACACAGUUCUGGUACUCCUUCCAAAACACAUUCUCCGGAGAAGUCAUCUACGAGUCAUGGACGCUGUCCUUCUAUAACGUGCUCUUCACCGUUUUGCCUCCCUUCGCCAUGGGUAUCUUCGACCAGUACAUUUCGGCUCGGUUGUUAGACCGGUACCCCCAGCUGUAUCAGCUCGGUCAGAAGGGAACAUUCUUCCGCAAACACAGUUUCUGGGCUUGGAUCUUGAAUGGAUUUUUCCAUUCUCUUGUCCUCUACAUUGUCUCUGAGCUGAUCUUCUACUGGGAUCUCCCCUUGGCCGAUGGGACGACUGCUGGCCACUGGGUUUGGGGUGAAGCUCUGUACACCGCCGCCCUUGCCACUGUCCUCGGCAAAGCUGCGCUCAUCACCAACAUCUGGACCAAGUACACCUUUAUCGCUAUCCCAGGUUCCAUGGUCAUUUGGCUUAUUUUCCUUCCGGCGUAUGGUUUUGCUGCUCCUGCGGUUGGUUUCUCCACCGAGUACUACGGCACUAUCCCUGUCCUUUUCAAGAGCCCCGUCUUCUACCUCAUGGCCAUCUCUCUACCUUGCUUGUGUCUUCUGCGUGACUAUGCCUGGAAGUACGCCAAGCGCAUGCACUAUCCGCAGGCGUACCACCAUGUCCAGGAGAUCCAGAAGUACAACGUCCAGGACUACCGUCCUCGCAUGGAACAGUUCCAAAAGGCCAUCCGCAAGGUUCGCCAAGUACAACGCAUGCGCAAGCAGCGCGGCUACGCUUUCUCCCAAGCCGACGACGGCGGCCAGAUGCGUCUUGUCAACGCCUACGACACCACGCAGGGCCGUGGCCGGUACGGCGAGAUGGUCAGUUCCCGCGCUUUCUGA